AUGCCAAACACUGAGAAUGGCAAAUCCAAAGACCAUAUCAAUGGCUUCCUGUCCAUGGCUGAUUUUGAAGGAUCCUACCAUGUGAUUGUGGUCGGUAGUGCUGCGAUAGGCGCAAAGCAGACAGCGCCACAGUCACGGGUCUUGAUCAUUCAGUCCAAGGCAUGUCUCGGUGGCGCACCUACUCACCGCGGAGUCCUCUCAUGCUGCGGACCUUACAGCGUGGGACCACCUGACCGACCCUCGAAGGGUGGCAGGGCAAAUCUGGACGGAACUCCACGCAAGGCUGGAGUUGUCGCAUAUAUUCAGGCGAAACAGAAAUUCUACAUCCUCGAACUCGAAGCUAACUUUGGUUCCAGCAUGUCGAAUAGCGAGGAGCUUAAGCAUGUCCUGGAUGACAUGAUCGCCUCAUAUGAUAUUGAAGUUUUACCACAUUGCGCCGUGGUUGUUGGUGAGAGGACCGAUGGCAGGCUUGUCACGGUCGAGGUUCAAGAGCGAAGGGGGAGGCGAACAAUCUCUGGUAAAGCAUUCGUGGACUGCUCAGGUGACAGAGAUCUCGCCGGCCACGCCGGUGCGUCGACAAGGUACGGCAAGGCAAUCACGGCCAUGUCAACAUGGGUUCGUUGGCAACCCAAUUCGGCGGCCUCCAAAACGCCAACCCCAACUGGUGCUGGGCUGGUAGUGUCGGAUGGGACUAUAAAGCACCUUGAUGAGUCCACAACAUUGGAAGACAGUACCAAUUUCCACUAUUUAAAGCCCAUUCUGUUCAUCCAACAACACGUCCUGACGUAUCUCUUUCCGCGGAGUGAUGCGGGCCUGAGGGAAGUGGCGAUCCCUGUGAAAGUUUGGCAAGAGUUUCUGCAACUAGCUAGCCAACCUAGUAACAAGGAGGUACAGAUCUGA